UGAUCAGUCAGAGGGAGGACUCACUUCCUUUGUCUGCUUCAGUCUUUGAGCUUCAGAAAGCUGCAGAGAACUUUCUGUGUUUGCAGCUAUGAGGUCCAGGCAGCUUAUUGUGCUCAGCUUUGUUCUCGCCUGCGUCAAGCUUAGUGACGCUCGCUUUCUCAGUCUGACAGAGCCGACCCUCUGGGCAGUCGAUGUGGAAGUCGAGUCGGCAGCAGAACCUGAGAGAGAGUACUCCAGGAAGUCUGCUCAACAAGCUGGCAGGCUCCAGGAGGACCAGAUCCACCAAGCGGUCGAACCGCUCUCCUGGAAGUUUCCAGAAGAUCCGGUGGAUUCAGUGAAAAAGCCCCCUUUUGAGUUUAAACUGCGGCAGCCGGCGACAGACAGCCGUGUUGCUGUGAGGUGUGGAGAGAGCAGGAUCCAGGUGGAGGUGAGCCAGGACCUGCUGGGCCUGGGCAGGUUGGUAAAACCUGAGGAAAUCACACUCGGUGGCCGUCCAGCCACUGAGGUUGACAACUUGUCCCAUGUGCUGGUCUUUGAAUGUGAGCUGCACGGCUGUGGCAGCACACUAGCGAUGACAGAGAACGCCUUCAUUUAUGCCUUCAUGCUGAUCUACAACCCCAAAGUGUCUGGCAGAAUCAUCAGGAGCCAGAGUGCUGUCAUCGGAGUGGAGUGCCACUACCCGAGGUGAAGUGAAAGGAUCAGCCCGCAAAGACUGACUGGAGUUUGAUGUGAAGAAACCAGAUUUAUGUUUAAUGAAAAAGAAAUCGCAAUAAAAGUCUUAAUGUUUCAA